GUUUUCUUGUGUAUGUUAUCGUGUUUCCACCAGUGUCACUUUAAAGGCCCAGAUCAUGAAUACGAAUAUAUCCAACAGGUCAUACAUCCGAAUUGCAAAUACGCAUUCGGGGGACCGGGAUAUGGCAGGCAAAGGGCUGUAAAUCAUACGCUUACAAGGACAUUACAAGGUAGUGGUUCACAGAACCUUAUCUGCCGCCAUGUUGUCUGUCCAGAUCGCAGCUAUCCUUAUUCUCCUGACUGUGUGGACAGCAGCUGAUGACUUCAAAAACAAACUGCUUCUCGUGUCCAUGGAUGGAUUCCGGUGGGAUUAUCUCAACAACGCAUCCUCGACGCCACAUUUCCACAUGUUCGGAGACGGGGGAGUACGGGCCACAUACAUGAACGCCAGCUUCCCAACUCUCACCUUUCCUAAUCAUUAUACCAUUGUUACAGGUCUGUGGGAGGAGAGUCAUGGAAUUGUUGGUAACUACAUGUACGACCCCGUGUUCAAUGCCAGCUUCAACCUGGGCACCAAGGAGACUCGGUGGUGGAACGGAGGAGAACCACUGUGGGUCACGGCCAAGAAGCAGGGUUUGAAGGCUGGGACAUACUUUUGGCCUGGCAGCGAGGCUGAGAUUCAAGGUGUACGACCUGACUACUGGUACCCCUAUACGGACAACACGCCUUAUAAGGAGCGAAUUGACACCGUCGUUGACUGGUUCAAGAACCAAAAUAUCCAACUUGCCACUCUGUAUUACCCAGAACCCGAUAAAACUGGACACAGCUUUGGGCCAGAAUCACAAGAGGUCAGGGACAAGGUCAUGUACAUGGAUGAAAUCCUUGGUUACCUCGUGCAGAAGAUGAAGGAGAAUGAUCUGGAAAAUGAAGUCAACGUCAUCGUUACCAGUGACCAUGGAAUGGUUGAAGUGGAUAACAUCAAUAAGGUUGUGGAUAUUACCGAUUACGUGGACAUGACGAAGGUCGAUCGUGUCCCGAUUUACGGCCCCAUGAUGCAUAUUCUGCCGGUAGAGGGCCAGGACGACGCCAUUAUACAGAGUCUGGCUGGAGUGGAACACAUCACAGUGUACAAGAAGGAGGAUGUUCCAGAACGUCUCCAUUACCAGGACAACAGAAGGAUCAUGCCCAUUAUCAUCAUAGCGGAUGAGGGAUGGCAGUUAACCACUAACAAGACCAGAAAGGCCAAAAGUACACUAAAAGCCACCCACGGUUACGACAACGCAUUGAUGUCUAUGAAGCCAAUAUUCCUGGCUAGGGGACCCAACUUCAAGGCCAACCUAACGUCAGAUCCAAUCCAGAAUGUCGACAUCUACCCUCUUGUUUGUAAACUGCUCAACAUUAAACCAGCGCCGAACAACGGAAGUCUGGCCCGUGUCAAUGCCUUCAUCCAAGAUACGCCUCCAGUUUCCGGGUCUCCAAGUAAUGCGCCAGUACUGCUUUUCGAGUGUUUGUUUGUAUUCACAAUCUUUGCCUACCUUAUACUGUAGAUAUAUUUAACCUGAACACACUUAACAGACAUAUCUCACAUAAUAAUUAACGAAGAUGCAUUCAGACGAUUAAAGUUAAAAAAUAUUGUAGUUUUCCGGAGAAUAUAUAUUUUACUUUUUCAACACAUUUUUUCCGCACGUGGAUAGUGAAAAAAUAGGACUUUCGAUUAGCUUACAGCAAAUACAUAUGCAACCGUGUUCUAGAGAUUCACGGGUUAGUAUGAAUCCAUCUCAUCCUGUUCCAACAGGUAGUAUGGACGACCUUGACCUUGACCUUGAAAUCCAACUCACAUGGCGAAUUCAGCAAUUAUCAAUGAAAGUUCUUUUUAUCAUUUUUGUCUUUGUAGAAUAUGCUAUUUUUCAUCGAUGAAGUGGGAAAAGAUCUGCCCAAAAGAUAUAUUCUAAACGACGACGGCAGAUUUUAAAAAAUAAUCAUCUGAAGUUCGUUUUUAAUCAUCAAGAGUUAUGUCUCUUCUAUUAUCGAUCGAUAAUGUUCUCCUCCGACAACAAUCAGGGCGAAACACUUCAUACCGGAGCAGAAAUAGAAAAGAAACGGAUGAAAAAGAAACACACAAAA